AUGGAUACUUUAAAUCCAACUACACCGUUGUUCAAAUAUGAUAAACAGGCGACAACUACAGAUGACAAAAGAUUUACAACUUCAAUAUCACCGACAAAAUCUCUAGAAUUACAGAAUAAUAUAGAUGAACAUGACCUCACACCUGUGCUUCCACGAAAUAACAUAACAGCUACAUCGUUAGCUACUGCUAUAGAAUCCUUCGAGACAGCACAAUCACAUAAUAGCCGUAUUCAAUUGAAUCAACAAACUGAAAACCAAACUAACCAACAUGUAUUUCAUAAAUUAGUAAAAGGAGGACCUACUUCAGUGACUCCUCAAUUAAAUACUGACGACCUUGAUAAUAAAGCAGGAUAUAUUACGGCUGAUACAACACCAAAGAUUAACAAUCAAUUCAUAGAUACAAUUAAACAACAGAGUACUCAUAACAUAUCAACAGAAAACCUUGGUCUAGGAAUAAUAACAUCGGGCGAAAAAUUAGGGCAAAGUCCUAAAAUCCAUGACACCAACAAACUUGUACAUAACAUUAGAGCAUCCAUCACAAAAAGGGAUACAAAAUCAGAAUCUUUAGUACAACCUAUUAAUGAAUAUAAAAACUUUACUGGAGACGAUACUUUAAACACAUUAGAAGAUUCUGACUAUUAUUCAGAUGAUCAAAACGUUGGCAAUAAAACCCAUCUAGAUGAAAUCUCAAAUUACACAUACUUAUUCAUUGUAGCAACUCAUUCGUUUAACGUACAAGACCUCGAAAACGAAGAUGAUGCCGAUAUUUGUCUGUCAUUCAAAAAGGAUGACUACGCUUUCGUACAUAACGUUGACGAAUCAGGUUGGGGUGAAGUAACCCUUAUUAGUACACAAAUGAGGGGCUGGGUACCUUUCAACUAUUUUACAGAUAUUAUAGAUCCAUCUAUAUUGGAGAAUGACUUACAAUCAAGACCCAAAAGUGUAACUUAUUGGGAAGAUAUAGCAGAAUCCAGACUACCAUUAAGAAAGCUGCUAUACUCUGCAGCCAAAUUUUUGAUUAAUCCCAAAUCACACAGAACAACUUAUAAUAACGAUACAUUCAAUAUUGAAGAUAUUAAUGACAUACGGGACGGUGUUAAAUCACUAUUGGAAAUGACAGAAGCUGUAUCCAGAUCAGAUGAAAUUAUUCAAAAAAGUGACUCUGUAAGAAAAGGAAGAAAAAAAUUAUUAGCUGACUGGUAUAACUUAAUGAUAAAAGCUGAUCAACACAAAAGUACCACUUCUGAAAAGGACAUUUCUAACCUCGUUAAAUUGGUUUAUGAGGUUCUACAUAAGGCAUUCAAUUUCUUCAAAGUUUGGUCAACAGAUAAAAUAUUAGUAGAAAAUAAUAAAUUAAAUGAAGUUCCUAAGGCCAACUCAUACAAUAAUAAUAAUAAACAGAAUCAACAAUAUAGUAUUAAUUAUCUUCCAGAACCACCAUAUGCCGUCCAAAGAUUGAACGAAAUCCAUGAUAUACUAUUCACAUACUCCAGUCUUAUUUUGGGUCGUUUAGAUUUGAUCGAACAUAACCCUGUCGGUUGUGAAACAUUGGAAUUGAUGGUUCAUCAAAUUAUUAUUCUUUUACGAGAACUUCUCUAUAUCAGCAAAUCAUGCUCUCAAAUAAUGCAACAAAAAUACAACAACGCUUACGAGAGUAUCAUCGACAAACAUCUCGAUCCACUACUGGCUUUAGUAUCUGAAUUAGUUUCCUGCAUUAAAGUCCUUGUCACUCAAACAUUACAAGAUGAUUUAUACAAACCUGCACAAGAUAAACCUAACAAAUACGAUAAUUUUACUAUAAAAGAAGGUAUUUACCACUAUACCGCUGAAGGUAAACAUCUAAUUAAAAUCAUUUCUUCAAUGACUACAUCCAUAUCUAACACGUUAAUUGGAUGCAAUAAUUACUUGAGAGUGAUCGGUAAUUUUAGAUUAAGUUCCGAAAGACAAUACACAGAUUUCAAUAGUAUCAAAAUCACUACAGAUGAAUUUGUUAAGAGAUGCUUGGAGGGACUAGCCAAAUCAUUAGACGAAGAAAAAGUGAAAACAAAAAUAAUGAACACAGAAGAAAUAAAAAAGAGCAACAAGUAUCACAGUAUCAUUAGAUUUUCUUCGAUAAGAGUGGGCGUUAACAAUGACGAAAAUACUAAUAACAAAAAUAUCAGCUUAACUCCACAGGGUUCUCAAUUUUUAAAUGAAAUCUUAAACUCUGAUAAUAAGGAAUUUAGUAGAGAUUCAAUAUUUGAAAAAUUUAAAUUGGAUGAUGAAGAUUGGUCUAAAAAUGACGAUUCGAUUAAUAAUGGUGAUAUUCUGUCCUCAGAAUUACUAUUUGACAAAAGUGCGACUCUAAUUGGUGCAUCUUUUAGAGCCCUCGUAUACAAAUUAACCGAUGAACUUGAGAAACCAAGCACCCUACUUAUAUCUACAGUUCUAUUAAACUACAGAAAAUUUGCAAAACCCAUAGAUUUGACCAAUAAUUUGAUAAAUAGAUUCGACAUAGAGGACAAGAGUUCACAAUUUGAAUAUGAUUCCAAAAAUGGGAAUUACUCCUCAAGGGCUUCCAGACUUAAAAAUAGAAGACGGAUGGUAUGCAAAAUCAUUAGUACGUGGAUGGAUAGUUUCUGGGAUCAUUAUGUGGACUGUGUCGUUUUACCCACAUUAAUUAAUUUUUUCAAUGAAGCUGUUGUAAAUUACUUACCAAUAGAAGCUAAAAAACUUAUACUUUCUGCAUCAAGAUUAUUCUCGAAGAUUCAAUUUUCUGAACCUAUUAACAAGAUCACACCUUCCCAAAUUGAAUUGAAUGAGACUUAUUCGGACCACUGGACUACAGAUGAAUCUUCUACCACAAUAAAACAACUACUUCCUAGAUCUGUGUCUCGCUCUAAGACUACAUCCAUCAUAUCAACCAGUUCUUCUUCAUCUAACAAUACAAACUCUUCCUUCUCACUGGACGAGAGAAUAAUUGAAGAAUAUGGAUUAACAAAUGUUCAAAAUUCAGAGAGUAAUCUAUUGUCGCUACCAUUAGCGGUAUUAAAUUUAGGAACAACUACACUAUUGACCAGCGAAAAUAAAUAUACAAUCCAAUCUGUUUUAGACUCCUAUAUUCCAUUUAAGGAUGAUAUUACUAAUCAAGCCAAUCUUCAUGGGAACAGCAGUACUAUUAGUAAUUUGGUAACGAAUUGGGAUAGUCUAGAAACAAUAACCAAUAUAUCAGAUAUUGACAACUCUAAAUUAGAUUCAAUUAAAUUUAAUAUUACCGACAUGAAUCCUCUGGAAGUUGCCAAACAGAUAACUUUAAUCGAGUCGUAUCUUUUCAACAAUGUUGAACAAUUCGAACUGGUUAACCAUAGAAAACUAAAUCUUUGUCCACAUAUUAUGCUUGUAAUGAAUUUUACAAAUCAACUUUCCAACUAUGUCAUUGAAAGUAUAUUAGAAGAAAAUAUCCCGUUAAAUUUCCGUGUUUCUAGACUUAAUGUUUGGCUCAGAAUAGCACUUUCUUCGUUGUAUUUCCGUAAUUUCAAUUCGUUAGCAUCGAUCAUGACCGCUGUGCAAAGUCCAUCUAUUUCAAGGAUCAAACCGAUCUGGAAUUCAUUAAACAAUAAGGAUAAAAAAUUAUUUGAGUACCUUGCCAGAAUAGUAUACCCAAACCAUAAUUACAAAGUGUAUAGAGCAAAAUUAAAACAAAUCACAGAUGACGCAGAGGCUCUCAAGCCAUCGCUACCAACGGUUCCAUUCUUUAACAUAUAUUUACAGGAUCUAACAUUUGUUGAAGAUGGGAAUCCAAACUUUAGGAACCCAGACUCAUUCAGACCUAACAAAUUAGUGAAUGUGGAUAAAUAUACUAGGAUCACCAAUAUAAUCAACUCAGUUGAGUUGUUACAAAUUGAUUAUGAUAAUGGUUCAGAGACCAAUGGUGGUUACAUUGCAAGCAAUGACAGCGUGGACAAAAGAGAUUCCUUUUUUAACCUAACUGAUCAACUAACCAUCGAAACUAACUUCAUUACGCCUGCGACUAAUUUACAACAAGUCAUACUAUCUGAGCUAUGGAGGGUUAAUAGACCAUAUAAAUCCAACCCAUCCAGGGGUUAUGAUUUAAGUUUGAAAAUGAUUCCAAGAACGUAA